AUGGAACUUCUUGCCCUAGACCAUAAUUGGUUCAUAUGUGUCUGUUUGAAGCAGAUCUUAUGCUUAAAAAUAUGGAUCAGUUAUUAGAGUCUAAGAUAGAAUGAUAUGGUAAUAAUUAAUAAUAGCGUAGGUAUAAAAUUUCUUAUUUUAUCAUUCCAUGUAUUAUUUAUUAUUACUUUGGAUUCUUCGGAUGUGUAGGCACUGUAAUCAACAACGUAGUGUACUUGGAAACCAUUAAUUAUAUGAAGCAUUAUGGUUUGAGCCGAAAAGAAAUACAACCUGGAAAAUAAGAGAAAGUAGACUUCAACACAGUUGGAAUGCUCCACAAAGAUUCUCGAAUUAUCUCCUCUUUAAAUUAUAAAGACAUUAAGACCAUCACGAAAUCCAUAAAAAUCCUACCAAACACUCUGUUCCUAUUAAGAAAUCCCUCAAUUGCCACAUGGAUAUACUGUGUGUAUUAUAUUGGCAUGGGUACCAAAAUUAUGGUUUGAAAUUAUAGAUUUGUAAUUAAAGAAUUGGAAACAUCAUAAAAAGAAUGUGACCUCUGACCAAGUCCACCAGAAAAUGCUUCAUUUCAUAUUCAAGAUUGGCCUGGUCACUACAACAUUGGCAACUGCUUCAAUUGCAUUAUGA